AUGAAUCAAUAUCUAGCUUUUGCUGCAGUGAUUUUUACAAGUAUCACUACUUUGUUUACUAUCGCACCAGUCAAUGAGAUGGUUGCUUUAGAAAAUGAACCAACAAUCAUUACACCUGAAUCUCUUGAAUUUCAAUUUGAAGGAAGUCAAGACAAAAUUACUCCAGAAACUGAAAGUUUUUAUGAUAAAGCUAAACAAACAGGUGCAAAAAUCAAAGAAAAAACAAUUGAAUACACAAAAAAAGGUGCCAAUAAAGUUAAAGAAACAGGUGCUGUAAUUAAAGACAAAGCCAUAGAAUACACAAAGAAAGGAGCUCAAAAAGCAAAAGAAACAAUUCAAGUUGUCGAAGACAAAAUUGAGCAAGGUGUAGAAUAUACUAAAGAAAAAGGAGAAACAUUAUUUAGUUCUGUUUUAGAGAAAAGUCAAGAAGUUUAUACUGACAUUACGGAGAAAACACGUAUUGCCUAUGAACUUGUCAAAGACAAAACAGUUGAUUUAUGUAACAAAUUGAAACAUUACUUUGGUAGCCUAAAUAAAGAGGAAGAAGAAAUUAAAGUUGAGGAAGAAGUUGAGUUUGUGGUUGAAGAAGACAGUGAAGAUUUGAACAAUGAAGAUGAUAAUCAAGGGUUUGAAGAAAUUAUUAAAGAUGAAAUUAACAAACCUAUUCCUGUUCAAAAUGACAUUGAAGAACCAAUUAUCAUCAAAGAUGAAGUUGUUGUUCUUCCAGAAGAACAAGUUCAAAUUAUUGAAGAAGAAUCAAAACAAGAGACUAUAGAAACUGAAACGAUUAAAUCCAAAAUAAUGUCAUAUAUACUUGUUGUUAAAAAAAAUAUUAUUCAUUUAUGUAGUAUUAUCAAAACAAGAUUUAUUAACACAAUCAGGGUGUUAGUAUUCUAUUUUAACAAAUUGAUAUCAAUUAUAUUAGAUUGGGCUCGAUAUACAAAAUAUAGUAUUAUUGAUUUUUAUCACACAUUAUUUAAUAAUAAUAAUGAAGUAGAACUUAUUCCAGAACAAGAAAAAACAGAAGAACAAUCAUCAAAUAAAAUUUAUCAAAUAAUAACAAAAAUCAAAGCUAAUAUUAAAGAAAGAAUAGAAUUUUAUAACGAUCUUGUCGUUGAUGAGAUUGUUCAUUUCAUUGAGCAACAUUCAUUGUAUACUAAUUAUAAAGAAGGAAUUUCUAAAACAUUAGAAUUUAUGCAAAUGAAUAAAUUAAUAAGAAAUUAUGGAGAAACAAUAGCCUGCCUUAUUUAUGCAUCGUUCUUCACCCUUUUGUUCCUUAUUCCUUUUUUGAUCUGUGGGCCUCGUCUUUAA